AUGAGCGGCCCCACAGUUUCUAUGGGAUUCCUGCAGCGCUCCGACAAGCCCGGGGCGCUCCUCCAAGACUUUGUGGGCUUUGGAGCCUGCAACACCCACACGGUUUUGGGCUCUGAGGUCCCAUCUCCAACAGCUGGGGAUCCCCCACAGACUGUCCCACACCUCGGGCUGGCACUGGGGCUUGGUGUCUGCCUGGGGCUCCUAAAUCAGCGCUGCUCCAAGAUCCACACUAAGUGCUGUCAUGGCUCCCAAAUCAGCACCGUGUCGUGGCUCCCAGCUCAGCACUGGGGCUCCUACACCGGCACUGGGAAUCGCAGCGAGCCUGGGCUCCUAAGAGCCUUAGGUUCCCAGAUCCACAUUAGGGCUCGCCGUUCGCCGACACCCCCAGCUCAGCACCAGGACUCCCCGGUAACGGAGACCCACGCUCAGCACCGUGACGCGCGGUGCGCUGGGGCUCAGCCCGUCUGCGGGAUGUGCCGCACCUCGGGGCUCCCCGACCAGCUCCGGGGGUCUCCGCUCCCCCACGCUCCCAUCGCCCCGGGCGGCCCGUCCCGCCCCGCACAACCCUUCCCCGCCACCCCCGGGGGCGCGGACCCCCUGGAGCCGCAGCCCGGCCCCGGGGCGGAGCGGGGCGGGGCGGAGCGGGCGGCGGGCGGGCGGCCACGGCAUUCGGGCGGCGGCGGAGCGAUGAACGGGACGGGCCGGGAGCCGUGCGGGCACGGCGAGGCGCUGGCGGCCGGGGCUCGGCCGCUGGUCAGCGCGCUGAUGUUCUCCGCGGGGCUGCUGGGCAACCUGCUGGCCCUGGGGCUGCUGCUGCGCUGCCGCCGCCCGCCCCGCGCCCACCCGCCGUCCCUGUUCCACGUCCUGGUGCUGGCCCUGGUGGUCACCGACCUGCUGGGCACCUGCUCCGUCAGCCCCUUCGUGCUGGCCUCCUACCACCGCAACCUGACGCUGAACGCCCUGGGGCGGGGUGGGCACAUCUGCCUCUACUUCGGCUUCGCCAUGAGUUUCUUCGGCCUCGCCACCAUGCUCGUCCUCUUCGCCAUGGCUCUGGAGCGCUGCCUGGCCCUGGGGCGGCCCUACUUCUACAAGCGCUUCCUCAGCCCCCGUGCCGGCCUGGUGGCCCUCCCGGCCAUCUACACCUUCUCAGCCGCCUUCUGCUCCUUGCCCCUGCUGGGCUUCGGGCGCUACGUGCAGUACUGCCCCGGCACCUGGUGCUUCAUCCAGAUGCGCAUGGACGACGGCCGGCACAAGGCGGCCGGUUUGCACGUCACCUUCUCGUUGCUCUACGCCACCUUGCUGCUCUUCCUCAUCCUCUCGGUGCUGCUGUGCAACCUCAGCGUCAUCGCCAACCUGGCCUGCAUGCAUCGCCGCGGGCAGAGGACGCGCCGGCUGGCCACGCUGGAGCAGCCGCGAGUGGUGGGGGGCUGCGGCCGCCGCAUCUUCUCCAUGGCCGAGGAGAUCGACCACCUCCUGCUCCUGGCCAUCAUGACCAUCACCUUCGUCAUCUGCUCCUUGCCCUUCACGAUCUGUGCCUACGUCAACAAGUUCAGCCAGAGCGAGAACCACGACUGGGACCUGCUGGCGCUGCGCUUCCUCUCCAUCAACCCCAUCAUUGACCCCUGGGUCUUCGCCAUCCUGCGGCCGCCGGUGCUGCGGGUGCUGCGCUCCGUGCUGUGCUGCCAGCUGUCCCCAGGCAGGCAGGAUGCGCAGUGCCCGACCCCUGCAAAAACAAAGCUGGAGCCCAGCGGGCAGUAGGUGCAGAAGGAGGCAGCCAACAGGCUGGGCUCACUUGGGGUGAGCUCUGUUUCAUGGCUUCAAAAGGGACGUCACUGCCGUAAGGUGGGACAGCGCUGCAGUCGGUGCCAUGUCAAGCCAACGUGGGUGGAAGGUGAUGCUGGUGGGAUGGGAUCGGAGCAUCAGGCAUCGUUAAUCCAUGGGGUGGGGAGAGUCGUGCCCCACGGAGGGCUGUGGUGGGGAUGCUGUUGAGGAUCUCCAUCUCAGAAUGUCAGAGAGGUGUGGGCACGUAUGUGGGUCCACCACCAGCACCCAGCUCAGUAGGGAUGGGCAGGAGAGGUGGCAGAGGGAGAAGAUUGGUCCCACUUCUUCCUUUCCCCUCUGUCCUCUGCCCAAGGGAGUGCACCGCAUCAGCCGUGGCUCUGUGUGUCUGUGUCUGUUUGUCCUCCUGGCAGUGUCAGGCUCUGGUUGGUGCCAGCCCAGCAUCGAUGGCCACUGUGGCCACGUGGCCUCUCCCAGAUCCCCUUUUUGCAAGGAACUUUUCUUGUCCCUGUUUUACCAUGCCCAGGGCUUUGGGUUUGGGGUUGGCAUGGAGGAGAAGGUCUCAUCCCCACAAUCCUUCACGUGGGGAUUUGCUUGAUGGCCUCGUCCUAGUGUCCCCACCACCACUGGGAUGCUGCAGUGUCCCACCAGAGCGGUGUCUUUGUGCUAUUGCAGAUGGCGUGGCCUUCCUGUUGGAGAGCUCUGCCUCAAAAAAAGCCCAGAUGGGCAAAGAUGUGGAGCUCUCCUGUAUGGUGUCAGUGUAAAACCCGCGUGUAAUAAAUGUCACUGGAAGGA